UGCCCUGAAGAAGGCUUUCGCAAAAAACAGAACAAAACGCUACACGUUGCCUGUUUCUCUCAUACGUUUCAAAAAACAAUUUGUUCCUCUCUGUGCCCACCUCUAUUUCCCCUUUUCUUUUAUUUUUAUGCUCUGUUCUCCGUUUAUUACUAAAUGUUUCGCCGGAGAUGAUCGGCGGUUGAGGGGAGAAGCUACGAGGAAAUUUUUAUUGGAUAAUACUCAGUGGGACGAGAUGUUUGUUAUUUACUGAGAACUUUCAAUGACGGAGGUUUAAAGGAGAAUGCUGAGCCAAGACGAUGCUGAUUCGCCGGCCAAGUGCCGGCAACGGCGUCGCAGGAGGAUCCAGAUGAGGAGGCUUGCGGCAAUUUCAGCUUCUAGCAUGGCGGCGUUUCCGACUCAGAGACAAAGGGAGGGUCAUGCAGAUAGCUCAGGUUGCGUUCCGGAGGGGAAGCGACUACGUAUGGUGGAGGCCAGCGAUCUGCUGGCGACUGCCACUAUGUGUACUUUUUCCGGCGAGGAGGUUGAGCCGACGGCCAGGGAGCGGAAAGUGACUAUGACGAAUGGGCCUGUGUUCGGGAUGAUGUCGAUUUCCGGGAGGUCACGUGAGAUGGAGGAUGCCAUUUCUGUACGGACCAGCCUCUGCCGGCCCGAUGUUAAUCUUAAAAAACCGGUGCAUUUCUUCGCUGUUUAUGACGGACAUGGUGGCCCUCAUGUGGCAGCACUGUGCAGGGAAAAGAUGCACGUGUUCGUAGAGGAAGAGUUGAUGGGCGUGAAGUGCACAGGACAGAGCGAGUGUGGGAGAGACAGCAGCUCACAAGAGGACGAGCACGAAGAGAGUUGGAGAAGAGUGAUGCAGAGGAGUUUUGAGAGAAUGGAUGAGGUGGCAAUACGCACGUGCGCAUGUGGGAUUGUGGGGCACCAGUGUGGGUGCCACUCAAUGGAGGUGGCCCUCGGUGGGUCCACCGCCGUGGUGGCCCUGUUAACGUCGGAGCACAUCGUGGUCGCCAAUUGCGGCGACUCACGCGCCGUCCUCUGCCGCGGCGUGAAGGCCGUACCUCUAAGUUUCGAUCACAAGCCGGACAGAUCAGAUGAAUUUGCGCGAAUUGCAGCUGCCGGAGGUCAGGUAAUCUUUGUAAAUGGAGCACGAGUUGAAGGCAUUCUUGCUAUGUCUAGGGCAAUAGGAGACAAAUACCUGAAACCGGUUGUAACAUCAGAACCCGAGAUAACAUUUACUAAGAGAGAACCAGAGGAUGAGUGCUUAAUUCUUGCAAGUGAUGGUCUGUGGGAUGUUCUGUCUUGUGACUUGGCUUGUGAAGUGGCUCGCGAAUGUCUUAAAGAAGGAAGUAAUGGUGCUACUGCUUCUGCAUUGAACCUCAAUGCAGGACCUAACAAAGGAGAUGAAGGGGCUGAAACAUUGUAUCCAUCUCGAAGUGUUCUUGCUGCUGCACUGCUUACUCGCCUAGCUUUGGGACGAAAAAGUUCUGAUAACAUUAGUGUCAUUGUUGUUGAUCUAAAGGAAAGUUGA